GGCCGGGCGCUGCCCCGCAGCUCAGGGCCGGCUGCCCGCGUCCUGCUCGCGGCAUGGGGCUCGUGCUCCGGCCGGGAGCCCGCGGGCGGCGCUAAGCGGAGCGGCCCCGCCGCGUCCGCAGCCCCGGAGAGAAGAGGCCGAGCGCCCGCGGGCGGGCAGGCUGUCGCCGGGGCUGCGAGCGGCGGGGCUCGGGACCCGGAAGCAGAAGCGAGACCGGGAGGCGGCUGGAUGGGAAGGAGCGGCGGCGGCGGGAGGCGAUGGGAGAGCAGCAGAGCUCGUUGAGCGCCCCGCGGGACGCCGCCGCGCCGCCCAGCCCGGCCGGGGGCCCACGGGAGGACGGAACGGAGGAGGCGCCGCCGCUGCGCGAGGCGGCCGGGCCGGGAGGGAGCGGGGAGCCGCCGCCCUCCGCCGGCUCCGAGCGACGAGGGGGCGGCGGGGACGCGGCGGGGGAGGACGAAGAGGAGGCGGCCGGGCUGGAGACGUCGGGCGUGGGGGAAUCGGCGGAGGAGGAGCCGGAGCUGGGCGGCGGUCGGCGCCGCCCGGCUCGGCGGCACGUGUAUUGCACCGUGUACUGCGUGGAGAACGACCGGCCGGGCCCCGGCUCCCCGCCCGGCCCUGGCAGCGCGCAGCCCCCGGCCCGGCGCGGGGUGGCGGCGGGCGGCGACCCGCUGUCUGCGGGCGGCAGCAUCGAGGUGGUGGACUUGUACCUGCUGCCCGAACCCUUCUCCGGGCUGAUCGGCGGCGACUUCGGGCCGCUGCUGGUGCUGAGCUGCCGCGUGUGCCUGGAGGAGAAGCCCGUCAAGCCCCUGUCCUGCUGCAAGAAGGCGGUGUGCGAGGAGUGCCUCAAGCGGUACCUCAGCUCCCAGGUGCAGCUGGGACAAGCAGAUAUAAAAUGCCCGAUCACAGAAUGCAACGAACACCUGGAUGAAACAACUGUCCUCUAUAACCUGCCCCAUGAGGACAUUAUCAAGUAUAAAUAUUUCCUGGAACUCAGCCGCAUCGACUCCAGCACGAAGCCAUGCCCUCAGUGCAAGCACUUUACAACCUUCCGGAGGAGAGGCCACAUUCCUACCCCUGCCAAAUUGGAGAACAAAUACAAAAUCCAGUGUCCGUCUUGCCAAUUUGUCUGGUGUUUCAAGUGCCACUCUCCCUGGCAUGAAGGUGUUAACUGCAAAGAGUAUAAAAAGGGAGACAAGCUGUUGCGUCACUGGGCCAAUGAGAUUGAGCACGGGCAGAGGAAUGCCCAGAAGUGUCCAAAAUGCAAGAUCCACAUCCAGAGAACAGAAGGGUGUGACCACAUGACCUGUUCCCAGUGUAACACUAAUUUCUGUUACCGCUGUGGGGAGAGAUACCGCCAGCUCCGUUUCUUUGGAGAUCACACGUCAAACCUCAGUAUCUUUGGAUGCAAAUACCGCUACCUCCCCGAGAGACCACACUUGAGGAGAUUAGUGCGAGGCUCUGUCUGUGCUGGAAAACUACUCAUUACACCCCUAAUACUGAUUCUGGGACUGGCACUGGGAGCCGUAGCUGUUGUAGUAGGUUUAUUUGUGUUUCCUAUCUAUUGCCUUUGUAAAAAGCAGAGGAAGAGGUCACGGACAGGUAUGCCCUGGUAAGGAUGGGCCAUACUAACUGAACUGAUCUGGUCCUGCAAAGGACUAUACAUGGUUUGUGCAACAGAGCAAUACAGUGCUGGUAACAGCAUCACAGCCAUCGCCCUGGAAGAGGAGUGGGGAUCUCCUGCAUCUUCUCUCAACUGAAACACUACUGCAGACCAGAAAGCCUCUUUGCUCUGGUGCACUCUGAACAGGAUGGGCCCCCUGACUGCUGCUUUUAAAAUAUUUUUUCUAUUAUUACUACUUUGAAGGGGUUUGUUUUUCUGGGAAGAUUUAAGUCCAAGUUCCUGAACUAGACAAUCAAAGUCUGUAUUUUAGCCACAACUCUACUACCGAUUUGGCCUGUGAAAAGAUCAUUUAACUGUUAACAUGUUCCAUUUGACUUCAGUGUUUGCCUUUAAGGGGAAAAUGCUUAGAAGUGUUUGGACUCUAACUGUAUACUGAGCAUACUACUUUUGGUAUUAAAUACUACUUGUGUAAAUAACUUCCAUCACACAGCAUUCUGUUCAGCAUACCAAAACCCCAUCACAUGCCAGAAUAUGACAGCUGGUUAUCUUCUGAGUUGUCCUACUAGAGGGCAAGAGUUUAGAUUGCGUUUGUGCAGCACGAAUUGCCAGAGCCAAAUAACAGUGCCUCAGAAAUAUUAUUGCUAUUAUUGAAACUUCAUGAUACCUACCAAUAUGUUGAUUGGUUUUCCUUUUGUAUUUAAUUUUUGGAAGUCCAUAAAUGUUGUUUAGAAGUUGGUGAGUUUGCCAGAGGAGUACAGCAUUUUGAACCUCUCUCAGUACAAGAAAAGAUUUGAAGGGUUUAGAUAACAAGAAGUAACUUGAGACAGAACAGGCCAUUGAUAUCCACUGAAAUGUGACACAGAACAUACAAGGAAAUGAAUUUGAAGGGAAGCUGGAAACCUGUUCUUCUGUUCUGUACUAGCAUAUAGUAUGCAGUCUACACACUGGGCUGUGUGUGGAAGAUUGACUUAAUGAAAUUCUGUAACCUAAAUAGCAUAUACAUUUGCUUUGUAAGUAGCCUAUGUGAGUCUUAGAGCACCCACUGGUGUUUCAUGACAAAGAUUUAUGAAUUCUGGUUAAAGGAAGGGAUCAUUAAUUAUUAGGAGAUCAUUUCAUUCUCAUUCUCUACUUCCAGUGUCACUGUUCCUGGUGUGUAAGAGAUCUGAAGCAAAUAGCAAUCCAUGGCCUUUACUCCUGAACUUCAGAGUACUUCUGUUCGUCACUGGACUUCUUUCUCAGCACAUCACCAAAAGGGCAAUGUAAUUUGAAGUUGAGACUCAGUUUUUCAUUUUUAGUUAUAAUCCAAAUGUGUCAUACAAAUACAACUUAAAAGGAAAAAUAAAAACAAACAAAAAAAAAAGGUUGUGUUAACUGAACAGUGAUACACCAAAGUGAGAAAAUUAGAAAAAUAGCUACUUACAUUAAAAAGAGCUGUGAUCUUGAAAAUUAGAUCUGUAGUGUGAAGGUACUUUUUUUUGAAUGUUCGAAGAUACGUAUGUAUGUGUAUAUAUAGAUGCAUAUUUAUGUGGGAGAGGGGAAAGGGAGAUAAUCAGUGCCCGAAGUCUAUAGACCUCAAAAUUAACACUCAGAAAUAGCUUGCUUUUUGAGAGGGUUUACUUUGUACCUCCUUCUCUGAAAGUUAUUACGUCUGAAUCUAGUUGUAAAUUUUAAGUAAACAGUCCACUUCCCCACCAACGUAAUACUCUGUUAUCGUAAGAUACUCACUCUGACUUCAAAGCCACAGUGGAAGAACUGAUGAAUUCUGUUUACUUGGAAACACAUGUAUCAGCUUACCAUAGUUGGCUAGUAUGUGGCUUUUCAGUUAGCUUCUGGUUUUAUUUCCUUGUUCAUUUUUUUUUUCCCCUUGUUGAAACUGAGCACAUGAGCAUAGCGUAACAGUCAACAGUACUUAAUUUUUCUAUUUGAAUUUAAAGGCAUGUUGACCUUGUUGUCCUGUCAGUUGAAACAGUACCUUUGUAAGAUGUGUUAAUUAAGCUGGGAAGUAAUGACAUUUAGAAGUAAAGUUCAAAUACUAUUCUCAAUGCAAAUACACCUGCUAAUUAGAUUUCUUCUUAUGUAACACACCACUUUCCUAGUUCUGUUUUAUCUGUAGGAUGGAAGCUGCCUUAAAAUCAAGUUUUGGUUUUGAGUGUUUUCUGAGGCCAUACAUAUCAGUUGUCUUUGGCUUACUCAGGGAUUCUUAUUCCUUCGUUUAAAUGUCAGAUAAUGAAAAUAUUUUUGUAUUAUUUAGAAAAUUUCAGACCUCAGAGAGAGAGAUGCAUUUAUACAUAUAUAAAUAGAUUUCAUUUUGCAAUACAGUCUGUAAUAUCAUGUCAAACUAUUCCACUUGAGAAUGUUUUAGUACUUGAGGUUAUCUGUAACUAUACAGUGCAUUAAUUUCCUUUCUUUUCCUGAUUCCCUAUAAACUGUGUGAGAUACUCUUGCAGUUGUCUUAGCUGUCUUCUCUCUGCUGUUCACUAUUUUCUGAGUUCAGUAAGAUCUGAAAUUAAAAUGCUAGAAUAAGGAGCAUAAAGGGAAGAAAUAGAUCUACAUUUAUUUUACUUUCAAAAAUAAUGUUAUUAGUGGAGGGAAAAGCAUACAUCUCCACUCCUACAUUAUAAUUUCAUUUACAUUUGGAUUUUAUCAGAACAGAUUAAAUCAAAGUGGUUCUUCAUUUUUUUUACGUACAGCAAAGCUAGGCAUAUUUGACCAUUUUAAGAUGGGAGAGUCCAAUCUCCAUUUGUAUGUAGAGGAAAAAAUAGGAAUAACAAUAUUUGCUUUUCUCUGUAGAUAAGGAAAAAAAUGCAGGAGCUAGACAGAGUAAGGAUACCAAAGUCUUUCUAUCCAUAUAUAAAUAUGGCCACUUGAAUAACAUGUAACAAACAAUUUUUCGUUAAUAUUAUGUAGCAUAGCCAGUUGAAAUCUAAAAUCUAAUCCAGUAGUUUCAUCCAAUGAAAUCUAAAAUCUAAAUUUUAAACAACUAUUCUCAUUAUAGGAAAUCUUAUGUUACAUCAAAGUCAUGCCAUUUAUGUUGCAGUUGGUUUUUUUUUUGUUUGUUUGUUAUUUAAGGAAAUGGGGUGAAGUUUAAGAAAUGUAAAAGCUGUUUUUCUUUCAGGAUAUAAAGAUAUUUUGGCUUUAUUAACUGUACUGUUAAGAAACCAUCAGGCUCUUCUAUUAUAUCUUCAUUAGUAGGAAAUAUCAUCAGGUAGUCUGACUAACCUGUUAAGGUAGAUGUUACAGUAUGCUGAGUAUCCAGAUUGCUUUCACCAUAUUCAUGAUUAUUUAUUCAUCUAAGAAGUGCUUGCUCACCAAUAUCUGCAUUCAGGUUAAGUGCUUAGAUCUGUUCUAAGUGAGCUGUAUUUCUAAGCUGUCUGGAAAUUGUUACAUUAAUGUACUGAGGCUCCUUUGCACUGGGUCAGAGCUGGAUGUACUGCAGAGGCUCAGGGCUGAGCAGAGCUCUGCUGGCUUCUGCUAUGGCAGGCCUCUGGGUUGUGCCAGUUGCAAGGGACUGCUUGCAGUUCAGGAUGAAGCUGCUUUUUCACUUUGGCCUGUCAUCUUUCCCUGCAUUUGGAUAACCUGGAUGGAGAUGCAGAGCUUCAACAAUGCUGGCCUUUCCUCCUGCAGUGUGGGGCCUUUAUGGACAUCUUUCUCUGCUAUCUUUGUAGAACCUGUCGGUAACUACACCCACUGCAGCUGAAAUGUCUCUUGGUCUUCAGAUGAGACUGAAAUAACAUGAGUUGUUUUAGCUGUGUGUCACUUUACACUUUCAUGUAUUUCUUAUCUUCAAGUUAGCUCCUGGUUCCAGAACAGUUAUUUUCAGGUUAGUAUGGCAUCCUCUGAGCUGCUAGAACCCUUCACAUUUUCCAGUAAUGCAUUCAAAGCCAACACUCCAAGUAUGUGCUCUACGUGCUGAGUGCAUCUGUAUGACCAAGUAAAUGUUUGGGGUUUUUUUUGUGCAGACCUAUUGAGUUCUGGUUUUUUGUUUGUUUGUUUUUAUUCUGUCUUUUUUCCUUUUGCUCCAUGCUGCUCUUCUACUCUUGAGAUUUAAUUAACUGGGUCAAGUUUCAGGGCUCUUCACCAUAUCUGUAUCAGGGUCUUUUUUGCCCACUGUGGACUUUGAGUGUAGUUGUGUAUUGAAAGAGCUCACACAGGAUAUGUAACUGGAAAAUACCUGUAUGAUUCUUUUUUAUAAAUAUAUUUGCCAUUGAGAGUAGGAAACUGGGUUUGAUACAAGCUAGAGGCGAAAGUACAGUUUGGAGUAGCCCUGAGCUCUGGAAGACCCAACAAUUUUAGUUCUGCACAAAAAAAAGAAAACCAUUUUCAAUUCUCAUCACCUUUAUAGGCAG